UCUUAUUUUUUAUUAUUUAUAUAUUUAUACUUGUUCCUUUUUUAUGCUGCAAUCAUUUCAUUUUUCCUUUCAUUAUUAUUAUUAGUGUAUGGUACGGGCACUGUGGCCAGUUGUGCCACCUUUUCCCACUUAAUACUGUCAAGGGCCCACAUUCACAAAGAAUCUUAAGGCUGAGAGUAACUCCUAACUGAAACUCCUGAAAAUAAUGGCGGUGUCCAUUGCAACUUUAGAGGUGGGUUGCACCAACAAGGAUUACGUUUUAACCUGGAUUAAAUCAAGGGUUAUCCAUUAAUUACAGUUGCACCAAACUUUAAACCUUGCUGCUGAGGUGGUUUAGAUUUCUGAAAUAGCUGCAUAAUGGAUUGAAGAAUAUCGAGUCCUACAAAGGAAACUAAUAGACCGUCUCAACCUUAUGGAGUUUUAUGAUGAAGAAGAAUUUUCUUGGAGAUACCGAUUCAACAAGGCAUCUGUAAUAAGAUUCAAUGUAAAAAUCAUGUACACAAUUAAAGGUUUAAACAGUUAAACUAUGCUUAAAAUUAAGUAGUGCAACAUAGCUGGAAUUACUAUAGAUUUAAACCUAGAUCUACAAAUCCUUCAUGAGGCCUAAACUACAAUUAAUUUAAUCCUUGUUGGUGCAACCCACCCUAGGACUCCUACAUUUAUUUUCACUAGUAAUCCAUAAUUUAUUUUACCUCUUAAAGUAGCACCGGCCAGGUUAGAAGUAGUCGAGAGGACACGGCGGUCACUCCAAGUCAAGCUACAUGUAGCGCAUGACAAAUGACGUCAACCACAGCAACAGAGCUCUUAUCUUAUCUGAGGAGUUGUCAUUUUUCCUUACAAAAAAGUUGGUCUCUGCUGCUUUGUGUAUAGAUGUUAAACUUAGUUAAAAACUUUUAGUGUGAUUUAGGAGUACUCUUAGUGGUAAGAUAAACAUUUUUGUGAAUACGGACCAUGACAUAAAGGACUACCCACAAAUGAAUCAAGUCAAGAUAGUAGUGUAUAGACUACAGUAUGUCAUUGCCAUCUUCAUGCCAUGUGUUACAGUGAAGUUUAAAAAGUGAAACAGCCUAGAUGGUUGUGCAGUACAUUCAACUCUCUGGCCAUUUAGGAGUUCUGUGUAGAAUCCAUAGGCUUAUGUCAGUUUAAAGCUCUAACAUCAUCUGCCAUAAAUAUGUUAUGUCGUCACUAUUCUUUUUACUGGGCCUCUUUUGUUCCCAGAGUGCAGGUAGCAGACCACAAAACAUGAUCUGUUCAGACCAUGGUGUCUAGCUGGCGACCACAUAGAGGCCACACUAUGACCCCCCCCCCCCUUCUGCUGUUGUAGCAAUCCCAGUUUAGAGCCAGGUUUCAUUCAGUAUGAGAGUGUAAUUGUAGUUUUUACAAUAUGCAUUAUCAGGUAGCGAUCACCUUAAACUAUGGCCAGUUCGAGAUGAGGAAAACUGCUGCUGGCUCUGCGUGUAGGACAUACAGUAGGGUCACUGCUAAAGUUGCACAAUUUGCCAGAUGAAUCAACAUCAUGGAAUUGCACACUUACAGGAAAGGAGAGCGCAAGUUCAGUGAUCAGGAACUGGUAGGGUGCGUGGUGGUCAUGAUACAUGAUGAAUAUGUGAUGGAUACGUGAUCUUUUAAUUUGAGGAACUUUACAAUCGAUUACGGUUAUCGAGCAGUUACUUUCACAUUCUACAGUCUGCUUGGAGUACACAUUCAUAAUGUGAGAUAAGAUUACUGUAGCACCAUCUCCUUUGUUGAAUACAAUGUAUUAUGCUAAGGAGAACAAGGCCACAUUACAUUAACCUUUCUAGGUGCUCUAAUAACUUAUGGCCCUGUAUGUACAGAUCAUUUGUAUGGUAGGAGCAGGCUUCACUCAGUCUCUUAUGUUUCUUUUUAGAGUGCUUGGCCAAACUUAUAUGCUUACUUACUCAGAAACAGAAAAAGGCCGCACUUUGCAUAUAAACGUGUUUUAUUGCACAGACGCGUUUCGGCUUAGCACCUUCCUCUGUGUGCUCAAAGAUCAAUUAUCAAUAAAGAUAACUAGAUGAUAUGUAAGUGUCUUAUGCGUUAGUAUCUCAUCCAUGGUAAUAGGAUAUUAACUGUUCCUUAUACAUGGUAUACAGUAAAUGGAAACAAUAUAAUACAAUAUAAAGGAAAGCACUUCCCCAUUAGUGCAAGUAUAAACCAAGGGUCAGAGUGACGGAAAUCCCUUCUGAAUUUCAGAGAAUGUAGCAGCUCUGUACAUACGGGGAAGGAAAAAGGCCGCACUUUGCAUAUAAACGCGUUUCGGUUUAGCGCCUUCCUCGGUGUGCGCAAAGACUAUUUUGCAUAUAAACUUGUUUUAUUGCACAGAUAGUCGGUGCAAUAAAAUACGUUUAUAUGCAAAGUGAGGCCUUUUUCCCUCCCUGCAUGUACUAUAUCCUAUUACCAUGAAUGAGAUACUAACGCAUAAGACACUUGUACAAACACAUUUUAAGGAUGCAAAAUAUCAUCUAGUUAUUUUUAUUGAUAAAAACUCCGGAAAUAUCUAUAAUUUGUUCUGUCAAUAUCACACACCCCUAAUAGUAGGCCUAUCUGAAGUUUUACCCGCUCAGAAGAAAACAUGUGAAUCCAAUUCACAAACGUAAUGCAAACAGCACAAACACCAACGCAAACAGCAAUGCACAAUCUUCAGGAUCAGACAGAUAACUGUAACAGAACACAGGGGAAGCAGCCCCAGACAAGUUUCGACCUGAAUGGCUCAGAAUAUAUCUGUGGUUCGAAUGUAACGACAGUGUAAUGAACUCCUUGGUUUAUAAAAUGAAUGGCCUUGGUGUGGUCGGCCAAAGGUAAGAUUUAUUUAAGCCUGCACCCCCCCCAAACUGUACUAAUCCCCUCUAUGUCAAGCACUAGGGGGGGAAAUCUCUGUCAUUUUGAAAAAAAAAAUAAUAAUAAUUGUAAGCCCUGAUAGAAGCCGGCCUGCUAGAACUGCAGAUACGUCCAGUUGCAGUGCUGAGUAAUGCAGUGUAAUGGUGCCGGCAGCGGCUGGGCCACUGGUCACCAGUCGAAUGCUGGUAAAGUAUGAAAGCGGGUGGUAGACUUCAGACACAAAAUAAUGAUCUGCUAUUGAGUGGCUGGUGAAUUUGAGCACUUGUUUGUCAGUGGCUUUUUUUUUUUUUCAAAGUACAUUUCCAGGAUUGUAGGUGCAGUGGUUUACUCAUGCCUACCAGCUGUGUGGUUCCCGAGCAGAUUGUGUGUCCUACCAUGUGUGCAGUGCGAUAGCGGCAAGCCGGAUUGAAGAAAGACCCCAAAAGCACUCGCGCUGGCCAUGCGCCAUGUUGUGGCACUGCUUGUGUGUUCACCGGGCAGCCCUUCGACACGGCCAAGGUGAAGAUGCAGACGUUCCCGGGCAUGUACCGCGGCUUCCUGCAUUGCUUCUCCUCCGUCUACCAGCAGGUGGGGCUGCGAGGCCUGUACCGCGGCACCUCGCCGGCCCUCAUCGCCAACAUCGCCGAGAACGCCGUGCUCUUCAUGAGCUACGGCUUCUGCCAGGACGUGGUGCGCUACAUCUCCGGCCUGGAGCGGGGAACCGAGCUCAGUGAUAUUCAGAAGGCGUGCUCGGGGUCGGUGGCCUCCAUCUUCUCCUCGCUGGCGCUGUGCCCCACGGAGCUGGUGAAGUGUCGCCUGCAGGCCAUGCAUGAAAUGGAGGCGUCGGGCAAGAUUGCCAGCGGCCAGAAGAGCACGGUGUGGUCAGUAGUGAGGAAUGUGAUUCGGACCAAUGGGCCGCUGGGCUUCUACCAGGGCCUGACCACCACCAUAGUGCGGGAGCUGCCGGGAUACUUCUGCUUCUUCGGCGGAUACGAGCUCAGCCGCUCCACAUUCGCCAAGCACAUGGGCAAGGACAAAGAGGACAUAGGUGUGGUUCCGCUCAUGUUCAGUGGAGGCUUCGGGGGGGCGUGCCUUUGGCUGGUGGUGUACCCCAUCGACUGCGUCAAGUCUCGCAUCCAGGUGCUAUCUCUGGCCGGCCGGCAGGAGGGCUUCAUCAAGACCUUCGUUGGCGUUGUGCGUAACGAAGGAGUGGCACCGCUGUACUCUGGUCUCACCCCAACCAUGAUCCGCACCUUCCCUGCCAACGGAGCGCUGUUCCUGGCCUACGAGCUCAGCCGCAAGGCCAUGAUGAGGAAGUAUGACAGCUGAGGUCCUUCCGCUGUCCAUCCGCAAUAGAGCUUCUAUGACAUGAUGAUGUUCCUCAUCGCCUCGCUGCCAUUCAGUCAAGCACUUUAUUUUGUUCAGCCACUCCACCUCUCCUCUCUCUCUCAGGAAAAUUAGUGACUUGUGUUUUACAGCAGCAGGUACUGUAUAUUAGAACCCGGUGCAGGAUGGAUUCCGGUACUGUCACUCCGAAUUAUGUCAUGUUUUGUUUCGUUCUUUCACGGUUCGCACCACCACGGCCUCCUGCAAAGAAAAACAUCCAUCCAAGAAAAACAUCCAUCUCUGGCGGAGUUCACACGAGAUGGAUGUUUUAGGUCCAUUCCUGCCCGACCACUCCCAUUCAAAUGUGCCAUGUCUCAAUAGCGUGUUUACACCUGUUUCUGCAAAACAUGCAUUAUUUUUAGGCAUCUUUCUGCAAACACGACUAAUGAGUACACUAUAAAUACAUGUACACAUAGAUAGCAAAAUAACAGGCAUACAUCUUUAAGGAAAAACAAUCUACAUUCAUUUUAAUUUGUACACCUUUAUAUUUUGCCGGAGUCUUCAAACAAUACCUCUGUACUAUGACGGUAGUAACCUCGGAGCGGUGGAGGGUCCUCUGUGAUCAGAAUUGCAUUUAGUUUGCACUUGGUCUUGAAAUACUUACAAGUCUCUUCUGUAAAAAUAUCUUGCUGAUUCAAAUAGUAGUUAUCUGAUGAAUGCAAGACACUCUACUGCUUGGGAGCAUAGUUUGGUAUUAAUAAUCUUAACCGUGUUUGAUAUUGAGAACUUGAGUACUGUCUAAGUAAACACAAUAAAUCACAUGAUCU